GACCACGAUGCCAUCAAGCUCUUCGUGGGGCAGAUCCCCCGCAACCUGGAGGAGGGCGACCUCAAGCCCCUCUUCGAGGAGUUCGGCAAGAUCUACGAGCUCACCGUCCUCAAGGACCGCUUCACCGGCAUGCACAAAGGCUGUGCCUUCCUGACGUACUGUGCCAGGGAUUCGGCCUUGAAAGCCCAGAGUGCACUGCAUGAGCAGAAGACGUUACCCGGGAUGAACCGCCCAAUCCAAGUGAAACCAGCUGACAGCGAAGGUCGAGGAGACAGGAAGCUCUUUGUGGGUAUGCUUGGGAAGCAGCAGAGCGAAGACGACGUCCGGAGACUCUUCGAGCCCUUCGGCCAGAUCGAAGAAUGCACCAUCCUCCGAGGCCCUGAUGGAACCAGUAAAGGAUGUGCCUUUGUGAAAUAUGGGAGCCACGCGGAGGCGCAAGCAGCUAUCAGCAGUCUCCACGGCAGCCAAACCAUGCCGGGAGCUUCCUCUAGCCUGGUCGUGAAGUUUGCAGACACCGACAAGGAGAGGACCUUGCGGCGGAUGCAUCAGAUGGCCGGACAGCUGGGGAUCUUUAAUCCAAUGACGAUCCAGUUUGGAGCCUACGGGGCCUACACACAAGCGAUAAUGCAGCAGCAAGCUGCCCUAAUGGCCGCAGCACAAGGGACCUGCCUCAACCCCAUGGCGGCCAUUGCAGCGGCUCAGAUGCAGCAGAUGGCCGCCUUUAACGUCAGUGGGCUGGUCGCUGCUCCCAUGACCCCCUCAUCAGGUACAAGCACACCUCCAGGGAUCAGCACAGCUCCCGUCCCCAGCAUAGCCACACCCAUCGGGGUGAACGGAUUCAGCCCUCUCCCGCCACAGACCAACGGGCAGCCAGCAUCGGAAACGAUUUACACCAACGGCAUCCAUCCCUACCCAGCUCAAAGUCCCACUGUGGCAGAUCCUCUCCAACAAGCCUACGCAGGCAUGCAGCACUAUGCAGCAGCAUACCCAGCCGCCUAUGCACCUAUCAGCCAGGCCUUCCACCAGCAAGCUCCGAUCAUACCCCAGCAGCAGAGAGAAGGUCCUGAGGGCUGUAACCUCUUCAUUUAUCACCUGCCCCAGGAGUUCGGGGAUGCAGAACUCAUGCAGAUGUUCUUGCCUUUUGGCAACGUCAUCUCUGCCAAAGUCUUUGUUGACCGUGCCACCAACCAAAGUAAAUGCUUUGGUUUUGUCAGUUUUGACAAUCCAACUAGCGCUCAGGCGGCCAUUCAGGCCAUGAACGGCUUCCAAAUCGGCAUGAAGAGGCUAAAGGUCCAACUGAAGAGGCCAAAAGAUGCCAACCGACCCUAUUGACCCCUGCUCACCUUGGCCCUGGAAACAGGU